UUUACCGCUCCAGCCAGUGGCUUGUGGCCACGUCAUCGCUGAAGCCAGUCAUUGGCUGGAGUGGUGCAUGUGACCAUGUCCAUGGUCAGCCAGACGUAAAGAGUGCAGGAACCGGAAGAUUGGAGGCAGCGCGGAGCAGGUAAGUAUGAUUCUUCUGUUUCAGGAGGCAGGCUCAUUAUUACUGGGAAUCCCCUUUAAGCCACUAUUGGUUUGGCACUGGUUAGACUGGUAUGCGGAUUCCAAGGAAUCUCUGUUCUUCACAGCAAGGCGAUAUGGACUUUCCCGGAUGGAGUCCCCAGAAUUGACACCGAUUGGCAGCAGGGACGCUGUGGAAAGGUCAGGAAUGUAACAAAGGGUUGUCAGAAGGGAAACAGUCAUCAUGAUGCAAGCCAGAGGAUGAGACAGAAGCGUAGUCAGAAGACAGGCCUGGAGCAGGACUACAAGAACCAGGAGGCAAAUCCAAAAGGCGAGCCAGGAGCCGAAUCCAGGAAUGGAGCAUCAGGAGAGAAAUAUCAGGAACCACAGCCAAGGAAGCCACCACAAGGGGGAGCCUACAGGAUACUGUUUGACCAUUUGAGUUCUUUGGGAUUCACCAUCACACAUCUUCCGUGUUUGGUCCUUCGUGUUAUCAUCACACUCCAUGACAAUGGCUGAAACAAACAUGGCCUAAAAGGGAAUAAAGAACCGGUCUCGCCAUCAGAGCAGUCUCUUUAUCAGCAGCCUCCUGGCAUUGUAUAAAUGGAAAGCAGCACAAAGCGGCAAAUUAUAGUUUGAAGACAAGAGUCGAUGCAGGAACACUGCACAAGUCUCCUGUGGAUGCUGUUGGACCCUGCACCAGUCCCCUGUUGAUGCUGUAAGACCCCUGCACUAGUCCCCUGUGGAUGCUGUAAGACCCCCUGCACGAGUCCCCUGUGGAUGCUGUAGGACCACUGCACCAGUCCCCUGUGGAUGCUGUUGGACCCCUCCACCAGUCCUUUGUGGAUGCUGUUGGACCCUUGCACCAGUCCCCUGUGGAUGCUGUAAGACCCUUGCACCAGUUCCCUGUGGAUGCUGUAAGACCCUUGCACCAGUUCCCUGUGGAUGCUGUAAGACCCCUGCACUAGUACCCUGUGGAUGCUGUAAGACCCCCUGCACGAGUCCCCUGUGGAUGCUGUAGGACCACUGCACCAGUACCCUGUGGAUGCUGUUAGACCCCUUCCAGCAGUCCUUUGUGGAUGCUGUUGGACCCCUCCACCAGUCCCCUGUGGAUGCUGUUGGACCCCUUCCAGCAGUCCUUUGUGGAUGCUGUUGGACCCUUGCACCAGUCCCCUGUGGAUGCUGUAAGACCCUUGCACCAGUCCCCUGUGGAUGCUGUUGGACCCUUGCACCAGUCCCCUGUGGAUGCUGUAAGACCCUUGCACCAGUCCCCUGUGGAUGCUGAUCCCACAUUAUGGAGUCAUGAGAGAAGAAGACAUUAUCUUCAUGAGUCGUCCCUAUUUCCCCCAUGCUAGUUGCCCUUCAUCUUCAGAUUUCCCUUCUUUUCCUGUAAUAAACAUCACUUCUGUUCCUUCUCAUGAAAACACACCCAUUGUUACUAAACCUGACCCCUCCUCUAUGUCACCCCUAAAAUCUUCCACUGUGGCCCCUCAGGACUCCCCUUCUUCAUCAGAACUUCCCUCUUCUAUGUCACCACUGAACUUCCCAUCCCAUACUGAAUGUUCCUCCUCUACACCUUUUUCUUCCAGAUCCCAAGAUUCGUGUUCACCUCAAUCACUUGAGAACCACUCAUCCAUACCUGAUUAUGCUGACUUUACAUUGGUUCAAACUUACAGUUCUAAAUCCCAAACUGAGUAUUCCCCUUCAUUAUCUUUAAAUGGCACCUCCACCUUUCAUACUUUGAGCCACUCUUUAUCUCAGGUGAAUUGCUGUUCUACAACAGACCCUCUCUCUUUUUCCUCUACAUCACCUUUGAAGUGCUCGUGUCAACCUGAAAGCUCGACUACAUCAUGUCAGAACCCUACUGCCAUACCCCAAAUGAUGUAUUCAUCUCUAUCAACUCAGAGCUGCAAAUCCAUAUCUAAACAAACCCAAUCUGAGUGUUCUUCUAUGCCACAAAUUAAUGGAACCUCCGCGUCCAGAACCAUUGGCCAGUCUGUAUCACCUAUGGAUUUGUCUUCUUGCUACUUUACACCUCAAACAGAAGACCCCAGUGACUUCUCCCCUAUAUCCAUAUCUGAUAGCUCCAAAUUAUCUGUACAUGUUGGGUCCUCCACAUCAGUACUCAACUGCCAGCCAGCCAACCAGUAUGUUAAAUCCAUAUCUGAUGACUGUUCCCCUGUUAAUAUCCCCUGUGUCUGCACUUGUGAGUUUCCCACUGACUUCCCACCUGAGAUCUCCUCAUCUCACCUCACUUAUUGCCUAUGUUCUCCGCUCAAAAAUGACAAUCAUGUGUCUUCUAAUUUUGCCUAUUCAUCUCUUAAUCAUUUUGAAGCCUUCUGUCUUAGUCCACAUGAAACCCCAUACAUUUUGCAGUCAAAGGACUAUUCAGAUCUAUCAAACAACAUCACUCCCAUUAAUGGUAUCAUUCCCCCUCACAUGAAUGCUACAACCGAUCUAAGGGGUACAUUUACCUCCACUAAAUGUAACAGCACAAACAUGGACCCUCUCAGUCCAUGGUCUACUCAGAGCUUUCACUCUUCAACAUCUCCUGAGAUUGAUGUGGUUUCCACCAAUGAUCAGCUAUCCAAUGAUCAUCUACCUCUCAAUGGACAGUAUUUUCAUCCCUGCAGCUGCUCUCUUCCCAACUCUGUUGACUCUUUAAACAAAAGUAAAGUUCUGAAUUCUUCUUUUUCUACUAACACUCCCCCAACCCAAAACUUUAUUUGUCCUAACUCUACAAACCAGACUGUGUCCACCAGUACUCAUGAAAGACAUCCGAAAAUGCUUUCUAGCUGUCCUCAUAUCUUCCCUUCCGAAGAGACACCCAAGUAUCUUCCAUUUCCUGAAGAAGAGAACCAAGUCCAAGAAUGUGAAGUAUGCAAGGCAUCACUGGAAAAUAAAGUUCGCAUGGAUCAGGACAGACAACUGUGUGAAAACUUCCUAGACUCGCUCUCUCGUUUCGAGGAUUGGCUACAGAUUGCUCAGAUAACCACAUCUCAAGGAAACCCAUACAGGACAGUUCACCAAGAAGCUAAGCUGACAUUGAGGAAGUAUGAGGUCCUACUGACAGACAUACGGGAGAAAUUAUUAGACCUGGAGUCUCUAAAUAGACAAUACUGGAGAGUCGCACAAACUGCUCAGCCAAUGCUGCUUCCAAGUGUGCUCCGGAGUAGGAUGCAGGAGGUCAACACAUUAUGGGAUAAUCUACAGGGGGAGGCAGAGACAUUACACAAGACAUUGAAGUCUCAAGUCCAGCAGAGGGAAGAAUUUGAAACUGACCAGGAUGACAUGAAACUGUGCCUGACGGAGAUGGACCUAGAGUUAUCCAAUGUAGAGUAUAUCUAUGGAGGCAACUCCACAGAGAAAAUACAACAACUUAAGGCCUUCCAAGAAGAUGUUUGGAGCAACAUGAAAAGGGUGGAGGGUCUUCUAGAGCGAGGGGACCAACUGAUGGAUAACAGUGAUCCUCGGGACGCCGUAGACCUAGAGGUGGAGAUGACAGAGCUAGGGUCGUACUGCCAACAGAUUUAUAUUCGUCUCUCUCGCUUACAGAAGAGACUUGUGAGCACCAAACUGGUAUUUGAGGAUGACUUCCUAGAUGGUGCCAUAGAACAUCUGUCAUCGGGUUCUUCAGAUGUGUUUUUAGAUCUGGACCUUGAAGAUGGAGAAGUUUCAAGCCCAAUUAAUGAUCCGUCUACCAGUGAAGUCCCUGCCGGUGGACCUGGAGUGGGACCCAUUAGGUGAUGUUGGAAGAUCUAGUUCUCAUGAUGGACAAGAGUCUUUCUACACAGCCACCUCUGCACCCUGGAAGCUUCCCCAGACAAGUGAGGGAUCUCGGAGCAGUCUCAGCUCAUACUCUGGUAUUACUUAUUCCAAUAUGAGAAGACAACAGGUCAAGGAACCUUUGGACAAUAUUCAUACCAACCAUGCUCCACCAUUGGA